AGAUCACUCAAGUCACCGCGCCUUUCCACCUCUUCCAUCACCCGUUCAGCCUUGUCUUCCUCUUCAUUCCUUUUCUCUUCAAUCCAUCACCAGCGUAGUACAUCAUGGAGGGAAUGAAUGCCGUCUACGCGCAGGAUGAAUAUGGUCGUCCCUUCAUCAUCCUCAGAGAACAGCAGAAAAAGUCCAGACUCAGCGGUAUCGAGGCGCAAAAGUCCCAUAUCCUUGCAGCGAAGACCGUUGCCAACAUCCUGAAGACGUCUCUCGGCCCUCGUGGUCUCGACAAGAUUCUGAUCUCUCCCGAUGGCGAGAUUACUGUUACAAACGACGGCGCCACUAUCCUAGAUCAGAUGGAGGUUCAGCACCAGGUUGCAAAGCUGCUAGUCCAGCUAUCAAAAUCGCAGGAUGAUGAGAUCGGCGACGGCACCACUGGCGUUGUUGUCAUGGCUGGAUCGCUUUUGGAGCAGGCGGAGCAUUUGCUGGAUCGCGGUAUUCAUCCAAUUCGCAUCGCCGACGGUUUUGAGCGCGCCUGCAAGAUUGCUGUUGCGCAUUUGGACAAGAUCUCUGACACGGUCGAAUUCUCGAGAGAAAACACCGAGAACUUGUAUAAGACUGCCAAGACCAGCUUAGGAAGCAAGAUUGUCUCAAAAUGUCACGACCAGUAUGCCAGAAUUGCAGUGGAUGCAGUUCUUCAGGUUGCAGAUCUGGAACGCAAGGACGUUGAUUUCGAGCUGAUCAAAGUGGACGGCAAAGUCGGAGGAUCGUUGGCGGACACAGUAUUGGUCAAGGGUGUUGUCAUCGACAAGGACUUUUCCCAUCCUCAGAUGCCGCGCGAAGUCAAGGACGCGAAGAUUGCAAUUCUGACGUGCGCGUUUGAGCCACCUAAGCCCAAGACAAAGCACAAGCUCGACAUUACGUCUGUAGAGGAGUACAAGAAGUUGCAAGCAUAUGAGAAGGAGAAGUUUGAGCUGAUGAUCAAGCAGGUCAAGGACACUGGGGCCAACCUUGUGAUUUGCCAAUGGGGGUUCGAUGACGAGGCCAACCACUUGUUGAUGCAGAACCAGCUUCCCAGUGUGCGCUGGGUCGGAGGACCAGAGAUUGAGUUGAUUGCUAUUGCGACGAAUGGACGGAUCGUUCCUCGGUUCGAGGACCUUGCUACUGCCAAGCUUGGAAAGGCAGGUAUUGUUCGCGAGUUGACGUUCGGUACGACCAAAGACCGUAUGCUAGUGAUUGAGGAGUGCGCCAACACCCGCGCGGUCACUGUGUUUGUGCGCGGAGGCAACAAGAUGAUCAUCGACGAGGCCAAGCGCUCGCUCCACGAUGCUAUCUGCGUUGUCCGCAAUCUAGUCAGGGACAAUCGGGUGGUCUAUGGCGGUGGUGCGGCCGAGAUUGCGUGCUCAUUAGCGGUGUCGAAGGCAGCGGAUGAGGUUUCGAGUGUCCAUCAGUACGCGAUGCGCGCAUUCGCAGAGGCUCUUGAGGCGGUUCCAUUGGCACUGGCGGAGAACUCUGGACUCCCACCAAUCGAGACGCUGGCGGAGGUGAAGUCGCGGCAGGUGACGGAGAACAACAGCCGGUUGGGAGUCGAUUGCUUAUACAAGGGUACGAACGACAUGAAGGAGCAGUUUGUGUACGACCCCCUGAUUUCGAAGAGGCAGCAGAUCCUGUUAGCAACACAGCUGGUGAAGCACAUUCUCAAGGUCGACGACAUUAUUGAAAGCCAUCACGAGUAGACUGAGAUGAAUUGUAGGACGUGAAUAGGGGGAACCCAGGAGGCCAGGCAGAGAGAUCAUCAGUAACAUUAAGGGCGGUCUUUUUUGAAUAAAGAAAUGC